AAUCUGGGGCCCGUCUCGGCUGUGCUUGCUGUCAUACCACACGGCUCAGCGCGUGGGGAUCGCGGUCGACCGGUGCAGCACCUCAGCGUAGAAAACGACGUGUUUACAUGCCCUUAGUGCAGCGAGAGCCCGCCCUUGCAAUUUUUCGCGUGUGCGUGCUAAAACUCUCCCUCACAGGUGCAGCCAUCAUGAUGAAGCUGCUAAUCGUGGCGAGCGCGGCCAGCGCCUGGUCGCUGGGGGUAAAAGGGACCCUGCCGAAGCUCAACAACCGCGCCCUGCAAAGCACGCAGCAGCGGCAGCAGCAGGUCGUCGCGACGGCGCCGGCCUCGGCCACGGCGCUCAAGGCGACUGAAGUCACGGGCGGCGCCAAGGCCGAGGAUGGGCUCAUGGAGACGCUCAAGACGGGGUCCUUCUUCGCGCUCUGGUACCUCUUCAACAUUGGGUACAACAUCUACAACAAGAAGGCCCUCAACGUGCUGCCCAUGCCCUGGACGCUCGCGACUUUACAGCUCUUCGCGGGUAUCCCCUACGUCUUACUGCUCUGGUCCACGGGCGCCCGAAAGACGCCGAAGCUGACGCAGGACAACCUCAAGACGCUCUUCCCGGUGGCGUGCGGUCACCUCGGCACGCACAUCGGCGCUGUUAUUUCUCUAGGAGCCGGCGCCGUCUCCUUCACGCACAUCGUCAAGGCUUCCGAGCCCGUCGUGUCGGCCGCGCUCUCGGCAGUGAUGCUGGGCGCGUUCUACAGCCCGAUCACCUACCUCACGUUACUCCCCAUCGUGGGUGGUGUCGCCCUCGCCUCAUUGAAGGAGCUUUCGUUCACGUGGCUCGGCUUCGGCGCCGCCAUGCUCUCCAACGUCUCGUCCGCUCUCCGAGGCAUCCUCGCGAAGAAGACCAUGGGCGGCGGCGUCGGCGAAAACAUGAACGAGACGAACCUGUACGCCGUGAUGACGAUCAUGGCCUUCGCGGUGUUGUUACCUGUUUCACUACUGGUCGAGACGCCCAAGGCCGUCGGCGCCGCCAUCAACACCGCCGUCGCCGCGGGCACGUCGAAGAAGGACCUCGCCAUCCUCUCCGCCCUGUCGGGCGCGUACUACUACCUCUACAACGAGGUCGCCUUCCUCGCGCUCGGCCGCGUGAACCCCGUGACGCACGCCGUCGGCAACACGAUCAAGCGCGUCGUGAUCAUCAUCGCGUCGGUCAUCGCCUUCAACACGCCGAUCAGCCGCCUGGGCGUCAUCGGCUCGUCGAUCGCCAUCACGGGCACGCUGCUAUACUCGUUGGCCAAGAACAAGUACGGCUAGGUGGUGGUUGCGUUGCGCGCGGCCGCGCACCCCGUCAUAAAGGUCUUAGUCGCUCAUCGUAAGACCGGUCGUGUUU